AUGGACAACGUAUUGGAAGUUCAACGACGUUUGCAUGAAGAACGUGAUCGGCUUAUUGAUACAAUGACCAAAGAAUUUCUUCAUGAGCGAAAAUCCCAUAAAGAAAAAAUUAAUGGAGAUCACCGUUUGCGGCGUCUUGUCGAUCGAUAUCAUGAAGUUACGAAAAAACUACGUUUGCUAUAUGAAGAUGAAGAUAAAUCACGUAAGUUGGAAUUACGUGCUAUUGCUAGUCCCAAUGAAUUUGCAGAAUUUUACUCACGUCUUAAAUCUCUGAAAGAUGCUCAUAGAAGAAAUCCUGAUGAGAUUGCGAUUCCGUUAAGCUUAGAAUAUCAAAAAAUGAAUGAAGCUAUAGAAAACAUCGAGUUAGCUGAAAAGGAUUUAAUUGAGUUCACUGAUGAAGAAGGCUAUGGACGGUUUUUAGACAUGCAUGUUCUGUAUGAUAAAUAUAUCAAUAUCAAGGGAGUAAAGCGAAUAGAUUAUUUAGCUUUCUUAAGUGAUUUUGAUCACUUUACUGACUUUGCAAUAAGUUCUAAAAAAAGCAGUAACUAUCGUGGUUAUUUGAAUGCGUUAAAAGAGUAUUUGAUUUCUUUUCUCGCGCGGACAAGACCUCUUUUGGAUGUAGAUGAAGAAUUUGAGAACGUUGGUUUUGAAUUUGAUAAAAAGUGGGAAGAAGGUACGGUGCCGGGUUGGAAUAAGGAUCAGCAUACUGUAUUGGUUGAUUCUGCUGCACAUUUAGAUCUCUCUUCUUUUGAAACAGCGGCCGAUCUAGAAACACUUGGACUAGAUCGCUUAAAAUCUGCGCUUAUUGCCCUUGAUUUGAAAUGUGGAGGCACUUUGAAAGAAAGAGCGGAACGACUUUUUGCAACCAAAGGACAUAAACUGAGUGAGAUGGAGAAAGCAGCGCUUGCGAAGCGUCAUGACUUAAAUCAAAAAGAACAGUUUAGACUACGUGAAAUAGCACGACUGGAAGCAUAUAUUCAGCAUUUAUCAUCAAUGUUAAACGAAGAAAGGGAUGCUACCAAAGAAAAUGUGGAAAGAAAGCAAGCACGCGGUAUUGGAGAAAAUGUAGAGGAAGAGGAAGACAUAAAUGAUGUGACAGACGAUGAAGAUGAUGAUAGUAUCCCUUAUAAUCCUAAAAAUUUACCUUUAGGAUGGGAUGGUAAACCGAUCCCAUAUUGGCUUUACAAAUUGCACGGUCUGAAUAUUUCAUUUCCAUGUGAAAUUUGUGGAAAUCAAGUUUACAAAGGACCUAAAGCAUUUCAGCGGCAUUUUAAUGUAAGACAAUUUUGA